AUGCAUGGUCUCAAUCAGUCAGCAUCAAUGCUCCGGUCUAAGUGGAUGGAGGCCCUCGAGCCCCAGAUCUCCGCCCAGAUCAUGGAGAUCCAUCACUCCAAGCACCACCAGACCUACGUGAACAACCUCAAUGCUGCCACCAAGCAGCUGCAGGAGGCUGUCGCCGCCAACGACGUGGUCAGACAAAUUGCUCUGCAGAAGGCCAUCAACUUCAACGGAGGAGGCCAUGUCAACCACUCCAUUUUCUGGAAGUCACUGACCCCCUCGUCUUCCGACGGAGCCAAGGGAGGCGCGAAACUCAAGGAGGAGAUUGCCAAGCAGUUUGGCUCUCUGGAUGAGUUCAAAGCCAAGCUCAAGGCUGAUCUUCUGGCUCUCCAGGGCUCUGGUUGGGCUUGGCUCGUGUCUUACCCCGACGGAACUCUCAAGAUCGAGGUCACCAGCAACCAGGACGCUAUUUCGGCCCCCGGAGCCGUCACUCUGCUGGGAAUCGACUUUUGGGAGCACGCCUACUACAUCCAGUACUACAACAACAAGGCCGCCUACUUUGACAACCUCUGGGAGGUGCUCAACUGGGACUUUGCCGAGAAACAGUGGGCCCAGCGACCUCUGGCCAAGUACUAA